CCGGGCGGCGAGGUGCGCUUCCACUUCCUGGGCGGGCGGCGCGACGGGGCGCGCGUGCGGGACGCGCUGGCUCGCCUGGUGGAGCGCGGCCGCCUGGGCAACGUGUCGCUGGUGCCAACGCAGCUCGCCUUCCGACAGGAGCCCACGCUCCUCUUGCAGAGCGUGCGCGUGAACCACGAGCGCGGCGUGGUGCGCGAGGACGACGAGUUCAUCCUGGCGUGCGUGGCGCAGGGCUCGGCGCGCACCACCUUCCGCUGGUACAAGGACGGCGCGCCCGUCAACCACAGCCGCGCGCUCAGGCGCGUGUGGACGCAGCUGCUGCCGGCCGACGCGCAGGACCAGUACACGGCGCUGCUGGGCGUGGAGCGCGCGCACCCGCUGGACGAGGGCCGGUACACGUGCCAGGUGACGGACUGGGGCGUGCAGCAGUGCCGCUCCCUGCGCCUGCAGGUGCUCACCCGGCCGCAGGUGCGCCUGCUGCCCAUGAGCGCUACGCUCGAGCGGGGCGACGACGUGAACAUCAAGUGCAUGUCGCCCAACGACCAGCGCCUGGAGAAGUUCGGCUUCAACUGGACCAAGAACAAGGCUCUGUUCCGCAUGCGGCCGGGCAGUGAGUUUCGAAGUCUUACUUUGGGCUUCGAAAUGACAACAGGGUCUGCCACAUUACAUGCCUUACAAAUCUACCUUUACCGACUGGUAACUCAUGGCCAGAUACUACCUGGUGAAGGUGAAAUGGUGGUAGAACUACUUGCAGAAAUUCAGAACUACCUCAACAUGUCUUCUGCUAGUGAUGAAAUUCUCAAUUCUACUCAUACCUUCUUUCAUAUUAUGAGCCUUCUACUUGGUUCCCAGUACUCCCUUAUUAAUCAA